UCAAUAUUUGCUUCCUCCUCUUCCAACUGCUAAUUGCUACGCCACUGUUCAUUAUGAUUUCUGAUCCUAAAUUGAUGAUAUGACAAUUUUUUUUAAAAUGUUUCAAUUGUCUAACUUUUAGCCUGUUCGGAAUAGAAAACCGCUUCUAUUUGAAUUAAUGAGUUACUUGUUACUUGUCAACAUCAUGUGCUGUGCAAGUGCAUGUAUUAUUACGUAUGAAGGUCACUGCGAUAGUUUACAAACAUUGCAAUUGAUGCAAUUGCGUUUUAAUCUCUAACACAAAAUUAUUCGCACAAAAUUUGUUUUCAAUUUAAAGAAUUUAGUGUUUAAAAGUGUUGAAUUUAACCUAAAAUAAAUAAAAAGAAGAAAAUAAUUGAAUUGAGUUCAGUACAAAGUACUUUAAAUCACAACAAAAUGAACAGAAUACUUACAGCUACUGCCAUAACAAAUUUAAUGGAUUUAAAUGACGACUGCUUACUUACCAUUUUGGAUUAUUUUGAUCUUUUCGAACUCGUUAAAAUUCGUGGAGUUUGCCAUCGCUUAGACAUUUUAAUUGACUCUUAUCGCUACAAAUAUUUGACUUUUGAAUCCAAAAUCCGUAAACUAAAUUUUCUUUAUGAUGUCUUGAAAUUUUUGGGACCAACGGUUCAAAAUCUUACCAUCGACUACAGUAGGGGUGAAGUGAACUCCAAUAGCUCAAUAAUUAUCGAAUGGAUUGCCGCCUUAUGUGAAAAUUUAGAGACUUUGAGUCUUAUAUAUGUUGAUAUCAACAAACCUGAUGAGUUUUCAUCAAUAUUGAAACAAUUAAAAUCUUUGACCUUGAAAUGCCCUUUGAUCGAAAAUAGCUUGGCUGAAUGUUUCAUCGGUGCAAAAAAGUUAGAAGAGUUGAAAAUCUUCGAAAAUGAUUUGAUUUCUGAAAAAUUCUUCGAAAAUAUUUUCAAUUUAAAGUCAUUGAGCAUCGUUGACUGCAAAAACGUGACAACUUACGAUACAAUUUUCAAAAAUAACUUCUCAAUCGAAAAACUUGAAAUUAAUUUAUCUUUUGAGCAGGACUCAAGUUCAGUGAAUUCAAUUGUAAAUCAACUUCGAGGGAUUCAAGAGCUGUUUGUUAUUGUUCGUGGUCCUGUCAACAUAAAUCGUUUUGCAGAGUUGCCAAAGUUGCAAAAACUAAAGAUUGAAAUCAACCAAAGAUUUGUAGGUCAAAAUGAAGUUGACAUAAAUGAAUUACUAGAAAAGUUAUCCAAAAAGAAUAAAAUUGAAGAGUUAUCGUUAAUCAACUUUCAAACAAUAAAUUGUGAAAAAUUAGCUAAAUUGACUAAUUUAAAAAAGUUAAAAGUCGAUGUUUGGUGGUUCAAUCAUAAUGUGGAGUUACUUCGGAAUUUGAAAAAUCUCGAAUAUUUAUCUCUUGGAAAGAAAUUAAUUCCAGCUGAUAUUUUGUUGUCUAUAAUAAAGGAAAUGAAGAACCUCAAAUACUUUAGAAUUCAGUCAGGAAAUGUUCGAAAGCUGGAAAUGCAACGAAAUGAAGAUAAAACUUGGAGCUUAUCUUGCAAUGAUAUGAAAGGUCCACAAAAUUUUGAAGAAUUAGCAGUUUUGGGACAUCAAGUUGAAUCUGAUCAAAAUUUGAUCGAUUUUGUGGAUAGUCUAUAAAAAUUUUUAAAUUAAAAUUAAAUAAAUUUUAAAAAAAAUACUCACCACUAAUUUUUGAUAUGAGGCUAACUUUAAGUUAGUUUUACGAAUUUAUCACUAAAAUUUUUUUUUUAUUUUUUAAAUUUUUUAAAAAUAUUUUCAACACA